AUGGAUGUGGAUCUGAUUUACUACAUUGUCGAAAAUUUUUUAUUGUGUAGCGAGUUUUGCUGUGGCCUACUGAGCUUUGUGUGCAGUGUGAUUUUCGGGGCGCAGUUUUGGAACGCUCAGCACUUCCAUGAGAAUCUGAGGAAAUGUAUUGUAAGUAUUGGUGGGGAAGACUCUCUGGGCCAGUUAUACACCGUGGGGGACCAGAUCCAGUGGCAAAAAAAGUACUAUUUUGUAUCCAGGAAGUAUAAAAAAUGUGGCAAAAUACCUCCCUCUCCAAGUGAAGAAACUCCGAUUUCAAAGGCGCGCCCGCUCUCUUUGUGAAGAAAAAAAGGCGCGCCCUUCAAAACGAGGUUUUUUCACUUGGAGAGGGAAGCAUUUUGCCACAUUUUUGAUACCUCCCGGAUGCAAAAUGAUACGUUUUUUGCCACUGGAAUAAGUCCCCCACUGUAGGAACACUCUCUGGGCCAGCAAAAUACGAUAAUUUUAUUAUUAAACCUUACCAACUAGCCAUAUCUAAAUUUCCGAAAAUUUUAGCUUGCGCUCUGCAGGGGAUAUUUUCCUCCAUGACUUUUUACACAUUAUUUUUUCAGUUCCUCCUCAACUUUUUCAUCUGUUUUUGCCCCAUUUUGCACCCCAUCACAGUCUUCCUUGGCAAGAGUGAGAGCUCUCCGGUUACUUCUGGAAAGUACAGUCAAGCGGUUGUUCUCUACACCUCUCAAAUUCUACACCAUGUUUCUAUUCUUUUCCUGCACACCAAGUACUUCUUGCUCAUUGUGGAAAGAGCGUUUGCUUACCGUGAGCGCAAAUCCUACGAGAACUCGAAGAACAGCUAUGUGUUGAAACUCAUGCUUGGUACGGUAGGUUAUAUUAUUAUAUAUAAUAUGUGGCCGAUUUUCAUGCGUUUUAGGCUUUUCUGUGUAUAUGUGAGAUCUCCACGAAGUUAGUGGUGCUUAAAGUUGUCGAGAAAGGGGACACAGUCGACGUGUGGCUAUCAAAGGCGUUUACGGUCGAUAGAUCGCCGUCAUAUUUCUUGUUCACCUACGUAUUGGCUGUUAGUUCUGGAGUUAUCGGAUAUAUGGUGAGUACGCCGAUUUUUGAGCCUGCAAAUUUGUUUCUUACAAUAUUUCAUGCUGCUCGCUGCACUUAAUUUUUUCGUAGACCACAAAUUCAUGGAUAUUUUCGCAAAAUUUUCAGUGUUUUGCCAAUCUCCUUAGUCGCGCGCAGUUUCAACGGCACAAGAGUCAAUCGCUCAGCGAACGCUUCGAACUCCGGCAAACAGAGGUCAUCACCACCAUAAUGCGUCCGCUGUGUACCGGCUACUGUUUAUGCGUGGCGUCUGUGAUGCCCACCACGAUCGUGGCUGCGAGGAUUGUGUUCUGGGGCGACGACCCGGCAUGGCAGAGGAUUUAUGGAGUGCUCAUCAUGGUAUGUGUGGGAAUUCAGACACGUAAUCUCAAAUAUUGUUUGCAGUAUGGCCAUUGGAUUGUUGGAGUCUACAACGUUGGCGCCACAAUCUACACGAUGCAAAAAAUGAAAGCAAUGAGCGGCAAAAGCCGAGUUGGGAUAUUUUGUCAUCAGGACGAAACCGAGCGGCACUUCUCGCAACUGGCGGAGCAGUGGAAGGGCGAGAACAUAAGAAGAUGA